AUGCAGGCAUACGCAGAUGCCGCUAGGGCAGAGUUGAAGCAGGAGCUGAUUGGUGAUGGUCUUGCGGGGCGGCUGUCGCUGAGUACGGACAUCUGGACCAGUGAGAACAACCUUGCUUUCAUGGUUGUCACCGUGCACAGGAUCACUAGUGACUUCCAGCUGCGACAGCACAUCCUAGACUUUGUGCAGCUGGAGGGGUCACACACUGCGUCGCUGAUAGCGAAGACCCUUGAGGGCAUUCUGGCAGAGUGGGGAUUGACCGAGAUGCUGUUUGCCGUCACGACGGAUAACGCUGAGAACAACAACAAGGCGAUGCGCAUGCUUGCAGGGGAUCCAGCGGAGGGUGCUGCGGCGAGGAUUGAGUUUCCCCUGUUCGACAAAGAUCGGCACGUGCGGUGCAUUGCACAUGUCAUGAACAUUGCAGUGCAGGCGGCAUUGAAGAAAGAUGAGGUGAAAGAGGCGCUAAAGCGUCUGCGAGCGGUCUGUGCAUACGUCGGGUGGUCAGUCCAGCGCUCGGAGAACUUUGCACGGCAGCAGCGCAUCUUGAAGCGGCGGGAUGAUGCACCCGUGCUUCGUCUGAUUUGCGAUUCGCCGACACGAUGGGGGUCCACGUAUGACAUGAUCGUCCGCGCAUUGGAGCUGCAGCAGGCACUAGCCUUGCUCCUCAUGAGGACAGACGUGAGUAUUGGUGGUGGUGAGUGUGGAGUGACACUACGCGAACAGCUGGAUGGCCUUCGGCUGACCGACGUGCACUGGGACGCUCUCGUCGAGCUCAAGGAGUUCCUUGAGCCGUUCAACUCCAUCACGAAGGCAGCCGAGGGUUCCUUGUACCCCACGGCUGCUUCAGUCGUGCCGCUGUACAACCAGCUACUCGACAAGCUGGAAAUCUCGUUUCGCAAAGAGGGUGUCACUCCCCUCCGACAGGCUCUCAUCUCUGCAGCCCUCGCCAAGCUGAAGAAGUACAAGUACGGGGAGAAUGAAGAGCUGGUGAUUGCCACCUUUCUUGACCCCCGCUACAAGACCGUCUUCUUCCAGCUGCCGAAAUGGGAGGCGCGCAAUGCUGCGCACGUGACAGAGGUGGGGGGGUGUGCUAGGAGCGUGCAGGAUGUGGAUGAGGGGACGGUGAUACGGCUGGUGCGUGCGCGCUUGGCCGAGUACCAGGCGCGCGUGAGCAGCCGCCGGCAGGCUGGAGAGGUCACGAGCGAUACUGGGGGGGCCACUGGGCCUAGCAGCGUUACUGGUGGGACAUUGGGCACGACGGGUGCUUCUGGCGGUGGGGGAGGGGGCUUUGAGCAUUCCAUCUUUGACGAGAUGGAUGCUCUGGAGGCAGCUGCUGGAGGGGGGGCACAGGAUGAGGUGGACCGCUAUUUAGCCGAGCCGAGGCAGAGAGGUGGGUGCCCGCUGGCUUUCUGGCGGGCGAGGGAGGAUUUUGAGGCUUUGAGAGAGAUGGCGCGCGACUAUUUGGCUGUGCCCGCCACUUCUGCUGCUAGCGAGCGUGCCUUUAGUCAGGGGAGGAACGUUAUUACGUGGCAGCGCCACCGCCUUACUGCAGGCCGCGUUCGCGCCGUCAUGGCAAUCAAGUCAUGGAUGGAGCAGAACACUAGCGGAAGGAGCCUCAAUGUUGCAGGUGCUGCUCGUGUGCUCGAGGAGCUUUGUUACGAGGCCUACCUCCGCCUGUGUCAUGUUGACCUGGCGAGGUGGUGUUACUCUCAGUACGGGUUGCGCCCGGAUCGCUCCACUGUCGGGCGCAUUUUGAAGAGCGCCGAGCGAUGGGCUGUCACGGCAACCGUCGACAACCAAGUGCGCCGUCGAGGUGGCGCAUGGCCUGAGCUGGAGCAGGCCAUGGCGCGGUGGAUUGCAAACGCAGGGCCCGCUGGCGUGCCCCUUACGCUGCAGACCAUCCGCAACCAUGUCGCGGCCAUGGCGCGGAACAUGGGCAUUCCGCCCACAUUCCGCUGCUCCAUCGGCUGGGUGCGCCGUGCUUUGUGGCGCCAGGGGGUGAGGUGCCGUGCAGCACAAGGCGAGGCGGCUAGCGCCGACAUGGCCGCCGUGCGCGACGCACGGGAGAAGCUCCCGCAACUCCUCACUCAUCUCGGUCUCAGCCCGCGGGACACUUUCAACCUUGACGAGACCGCGCUCUGGCUGUCCGUGCUCCCUCGGCGCACGUACAGCAACGGCCGCAUACUAGGCCGCAAAGUUUCGAAGGUGCGGCUGACCGUCGCAUUCCUCGUCAAUGCGGACGGGAGCCACGCAUUCCGACCGCUCGUGAUCAGCAAGGCGAAGCGCCCCCACGACUUCCGCCCGGAUUAUGACCCCGAGGCCCUCUGCUACUGGCGGCAUAACACGAAAGGCUGGAUGACGGCGCCUCUCAAUGCUGCUAUGUACGCCGAAAAUCGGCACAUCGUCGUGCUACUCGACAACACUAGCAGCCACAUGCUCAGGAGCGAGCACGCAUGGAGCGAGAUCGUAUGCGGCAUGCGGACGACGUGCAUGAGCAACGUGCGGCUCGUCUUCCUGCCGCCAAACACCACCGCAUUCACUCAGCCACUUGAUCAGGGCAUCAUCGCCACCGCCAAGGCCCGCUACCGCCAGCACUUGUUGCGGGCCUUUUCGGCUUUGUGGAAUGCCGACGGCGCGACUAGCGCCGUGGCGCGGUACCGCCCGAACUUGCGUGACCUCGACGACGACAUCGACGAUGUCGGUACGCUUAUUAGCGAGCUCGGCCUUGGGACAGGAGCGAUGACGGCCGCCGAGUACGUCACCAUCGACGACGGCGAGCCGACGUGCGCCGAAGGCGCUGCAGGACAGCCCACGACGGAGCCGGAGGCGGGCAUGGUUGUGGAGCUUUGGGAGGCGCCGACGACAAUGCAGGCCGUCUACGACGACGCCGACCGCGUGGGCCGCGAAGCGCGCCGCACUGCCCGGGCAGCAUGCGAGAUGCUCAUCGGAUAUGCUCGAGCCACGUGCAUCACGCCGCGCGAUCUUUGCCAUCUCUUCAACAUCCGCAACCCCAUCAUAAUCGCGCGGAUGGAGCGGGCGAGCCCGUCAUUCAACCUCAACGUGGCCCCUCAGCCCGUGCCCACCCCCGGCGCAGACCCCACGCCCGAGACCCCUCGUCCGCGCGGCCGUGUGCUGCCUGGCUGGAUGACCCAGCCGUCCCGCCGUCAGCAGCUGCUUGAUGCCGGUGUGGGCGCCGUGAUGGACGGGUUGAGAAAGUGUGAACGAGAAUGA